UUAAAGGGUCGCCAUUUUCAUUCUCUGGAGGAAAAAUGUUACUCUCCACUAGUAGAAUGGCGAAAUCAAAAUCAAAGCGCAUAAUUGUACAACUUGUUAGUAUGGCUGGUACUGGAUAUUAUUACAUGAUGACCAGGAACAAACUCAAACCCAAGCUGGAGUUCAUGAAAUACG